CUCCCUUGGUACGAGUCCCUCGUCCGUUUGCGCGCCACAGGAUUCCUAUAACCAUGGGAAAAGCAUAACCAUUUUCCGAGAACCCUUCUAAGUACCACCCAAGCUAGACUGAGAAGUCUUUCCAGUAUACCUCCAUAUGCAAAGUCAUUCUUCACCCCUGGUUUAUUUCUAAGCUCCUAUUCUAUUUCCCUCGUAUUUGACAUGGACUGAAAGGUUAUAUCCAUACCGUAUUGACCGGUCAGAAUGCGCAUGUAUAUCUGAUGUGAUUUUUUUUCUAACACAGACACGCUGUUAUGACAUGCCAUGCUUGAAUGGUGGUACAUGCCAAGCGAGUUACCAUGACGACAACUACUCGUGCACCUGUCGCCCAGAGUACCCGGGAAGAAAUUGUGACGAAGCGGGUCUAAGGCCAGAGACCCCUGCGCGCUCCUGCAAGCAGAUACGGGAUGACGUAAGACCGCCCCUCCAAAUCAACAGCGGGCAGUUCUGGCUUGAUCCUGCGGGAAUUCAGGAGUCAUUGCCCAGUUUCUGCGAUAUGGCCACGGAUGGAGGAGGUUGGACUCUUGUUAUGCGAUACCUCAUCACCAUCAUUCCGCCGGUUUUUGUGUACUCGUCAAGCUAUCAAACCAUAAAGGAUUACAAUCGUGGGGACGUCCUGCCAAAUGUGUAUGCUUACGCUCAGCUGAGAACCCACAUUGGGUUUGUACAGCUAAGAUUUCGAUGUUAUAAGCAGUCUGUCGGACGGACCAUCGACAUCAUGACCACCAACGAUAGCGCAGGCGCCGCUGUCCUACACCAUUUCCUUGACUCCUCUUCUCCUCCGCCAGCCUGUGGCUCUUUUGUCCGGUUACCGGACGACAACUCCAAUCUGACGCGGAGCUGCAUGAAGUGGGGGUUAGCUGGAUCGCAAACGAUGGUUAAUCAGUGGUCAAGGAGUGACUACUUAGGUCCUUCUAGGAUCUUUGCUGACCCCAUCGUGUGGUUCGGAGCCCGUAGUUUCAAUGCCCAUCUUAACGGCCCGAAGUACCCGAGGUGCGACGACUAUGUUGAUUCAGUGUCUAUCGGUGAUUACUGGGAGAUAUAUUUCCGUUGAUGGUCCAAGUUCAUGCAAGAAUCUCCGCUGGCGUUUUAUGUUUCGGGACUCACAACUGCUUCCCUCACCACACUAGGUGUUAACGAAUUUUAUUUUUAGGAGACUAAUUUAGACUCCAUUGAUGCAAGGUGUUAAUAGACAAUAUAAAACUCGACUGGGAGAAAUCAGUCAAAUUAAGAAAAAAAGAAUAGUUCUGUAUAAGAAUGAAGUUCUGUGUAAGAAUGAAGCCAUUAGCGCAAAAUCCUGGCUAAAAAUGGUACACACAUUGUAAAUGGUAUAAAUAUUAAGUUAUUCUUAAUGAAAUUAACCAAUUAGAAAGUACAAUAGGACACAUCACUAGCUAUCUUAGAAUUCAAAAACAUUUUUUAGAUUCUGUUGUUAUUUAUGAACGCAUAGCCUUUGUUUCUUAGAAUGGAGACUAGAGUUCGCGAGGCGCAUGACGUCACAAGUCAAUAGUCGGGCGCACUCUGCUCGGAGACCCAGCUGUCUUUCUGAUGUUUUGCGC